AUGAAACUCACCACCACCCUCGCCAUCUUCGGCCUCGCCCUCACCGAGCGUGCCGCCGCCACCAUCAUAACCGGCACUUCCGAAUUCACCUCUGGCUCCCUCAAGGGCACCAAAUACGACGUCGCCUGGAUCAAAGGCCAAGACGCCUGCCAAUGGACCUUCAUCGCCAACGACAGCGAUAACCCUUGCGGCAAAAAAUUCACUCUGUCCAAUGGAUAUACCUACUACCUCACCGAUUGUGGAGAUUCUUCGUUUGCGCUUCACAAUGGAGAUGGUAGUUAUAACCAAAUUGCUGUGUACAACCCCAACUAUGAGAAGGAUGAUUGUGUCAACAGCAAUGGCCAGUACAAAGUCACCAAGACUUGGGAGUUCUAG